UAUUACAGAGUUUGCUCACGAGUCACGACGCGUCGUCACGUGUAAAUAAAUCGUGUGUUAAAAAGAAUAAGAUGAAAGUUUAUUUUUUAUUAGUGUAUCUGAGUUUUAAUUGCGUGUUAUGCUAUGAAGUGCCUCGAGCUCAAUUUGAAGCAAUCUACCCGAAGGGAUUAAAAGUUUCUAUACCCGAUGAUGGCUUCACCCUUGUUGCCUUCCAUGGCAAACUCAACGAAGAAAUGGAUGGUUUAGAAGCUGGUACGUGGUCUGCGGAUCUUAGCAAACCUGAAAACGGAAAAUGGGUGUUUAGAGACAAUUAUGUCGAGUUAAAGAUUGGAGACAAAAUCUAUUUCUGGACGUAUGCUAUCAAGGGGGGCUUGGGUUACAGACAGGAUGAUGGUGAAUGGACUGUGGAUGGAUACGUUGACGAAAAUGGCAACCCAAUCAGAAUGAACGAACCAUCAACUGAAGCUCCCUUCACAGAUCCUCCCACCGACCCUCCUACUGUCCCUACCGACCCUCCUACUGAACCUCCGACCACCACCACCACUACAACGACUGCACUGCCACCAUCAACGACAGAACUUAACACAGACCCAUAUAAAUAUCCCUGUAAGAUAUCUUUGAGUAAAGUGACGACUCCCGGCUUCGUUUGUCAAGGACAGUUGCUGUUCGAAGACACAUUUGAUGGGGAUCUGGAUAAGGGAAGAAUCUGGACUCCAGAAAUCAAAAUGCCUGGAGCACCUGAUUACCCAUUCAAUGUUUACUUAUACGAUACAAACGUACGCACGGACAGCGGUAAAUUAGUUAUAGAACCAAUGACCUUGGAAUCGAAGUACGGAGAUGGAUUCAUCUGGGGAUCUCUGGAUCUUACUCUAAAGUGUACAGGCAAAAUUGGAUCCAGGGAGUGCUAUCGGGAAGCAUUUGGUCCGGAGAUCCUCCCACCGAUCAUAACCGGUAAAAUUAACAGUAAAAAACGAUUCGGCUUCAAGUAUGGGAAAGUGGAAGUCGUAGCUAAGGUUCCUCUUGGAGAUUGGCUGAUACCGGAGAUCCAACUGGAGCCACUAUAUAACGACUACGGAAGGCGGCAGUACGCUUCUGGUCUUUUGAGAAUAGCAAUGGUUAAAGGAAACGUUGAGUUCGCUAAGAAACUGACUGGAGGCCCUAUUAUGUCGGACGAAGACCCGUUUAGGAGUAUGUUUUUAAAGGAAAAGGUCGGAUACGAUAAUUGGAACAAGGAAUAUCACAACUACACCUUAGUUUGGAAACCAGAUUCAAUCGAGCUAUAUGUGAAUGGUGAUAAGUAUGGAGAGGUAGACGCGGGUGAGGGUUUCUACCAAGAAGCAGCUAAGCAUCAUGUUGAAGCUGCAACGCGCUGGCUGCAGGGAUCAGCUAUGGCACCUUUCGACGAAAUGUUUUACAUAUCCCUUGGUCUACGAGUGGGCGGUAUCCACGAUUUCGCAGAUAGCCCAAACAAACCCUGGCGGAACCGGUCCACCAGAGCAAUGCUCCAGUUUUGGCAGUCCAGAGACCAAUGGUUCCCAACAUGGUUCGCAGACACGAGCGCCUUAAGAGUAGAUUCUGUUAGGGUAUACGCUUUAUAAAUCUGACAUAUAUUUAAGAUAUAUUUUAAGAUAUAUGAUAAAUAAAAUGAUGUGAGUUGAUAAAUUGCUCGAUUUUUUUAUCCAUGAUUUUUUCUAUUUAAAUAAAUACCAUUAAAUUUUCGAUCGAUCUUCCGCUCAAGAUAAUUACUAAUGUUAUUUGAGAAUUUUUUUUGGGACAAAGUUAUAAGUUUUGUCUAUUACUUCAUCCUUGAGAAUACGGGUUCCUUAUUACAUGUCUGCUAUAAAAAAUCUUUAAUUGGAUAUAUAUAGUAGGAAUUGCCAUUCAAACAAUCAGUAAUUUACAUUAAAAUCUAUUGAAAUUUGGGACCAGACGAAUAUAUAAAGGGUUUUCGUAUAAA